AUGAAGUUCCAAGUCGCAACUCUCCUCUCCGCUGCCUCUCUCCUGGCCAGCAGUGUCAUGGCUGACAGCUACCCAUGGGAGCGACUCGAGAAGAACAACUCCGUCCUUGUCAUCCUCGACCUCCAAGAGGGUCUCUACCAACUUGCUCGCGACUGGGACGCAACCCUCUACAAGCAAAGCAUGCUAGCCCACGCCUCCCUCGCCACCGUCUUUGACAUCCCCGUCAUCAUGUCCACCUCCGCCGAGACCGGUCCCAACGGCCCCCUCCCUAACGAGAUCCUCACCAUGUACCCGUCCGCGCCGCUCAUCAAGCGCCAAGGCGAGGUAAACGCCUGGGACAACCCCGCCUUCCGGUCCGCCAUCCAAGCCACCAACCGCACGCAGAUCAUCCUGGCGGGCAUCGUGACGGACGUGUGCACGGCUUUCUUAGCGCGCUCUUUGCGGGCCGAGGGAUACAGCGUGUGGGCGAACCUGGAAGCUUCCGGCACCACGACGAAAGAAAUCAGGGAGAUUUCCAACGAUGCGAUGAUUAGGUCCGGGGUGAAUGUCGUGUCACUGUUUGCGAUUGUGUGUGAUUUGAUGCGCGAUUGGAGAAAUACACCUGGCGCGAAGGAGUUGAUUCCUUGGCUGGAUCGGUACUUGCCUGCUUAUGGGAUGGUGGCUAGGGCGCAUAAGGCGGCGGUGGAGGAAGGGGAGGUGCAGCCUGGUGAGGAUGGGUUGGACAGAUGA